CCCUCUUUCAUCAAUCCAUUGACGGUAAGCCAUCCAUCCAUUCAAUCCAUCCUAUGUAGACAUCAAUCCGUCUACGCCAUACGAACGACAUCCAUACACAUUUGCAGCCCAUCAAUCCCCUCUUCAGACAACAACAAAGAGCAACGACGACGAAAUAUACAUCGACAAUGGCAGAAGAAAAAAUAGAAAAACUAAUUAUACCUAUAUACUUUCCAUCCAAUUUUAAAAGUCAUGGUCUCCCCUGCUGUUAAGCACACGAUCGUCAAGAAGCGCACUGCCAAGUUCAAGCGCCACCAGUCUGACCGUUUCGCCCGCGUUGGUGAAUCGUGGAGAAAGCCCAAGGGUAUUGAUGGUCCCGUCCGCCGUCGUUUCAAGGGCCAGAUUCCCAUGCCCAAGAUUGGUUACGGUUCUGCCAAGAAGACCCGCCACAUGUUGCCCAACGGUUUCUUGAAGUUCACCGUCAGCAACGUCAAGGAGCUCGAGCUCUUGUUGAUGCACAACCGCACCUACGCUGCCGAAGUUGCCCACAACGUCUCUUCCAAGAAGCGUGUCGAAAUUCUUGAGCGUGCUGCCCAGCUUAACGUCAAGGUUGUCAACGCCGGUGCUCGUCUCCGAUCGCAGGAAUAA